GGAAGCCACAGGGAGCACAGGUCUCCACCGCUGAUGAAGCGGUGCCCCAAAGCAUCCAACCCCUGACAGCCAUAGCCCACAUUCCCAUGCCCUGCCGGCGCGGCGACGACGGUCUCUGCGCAGCCUCCGGGCUCCACCGCGGAGAUGAACACGAUGCCCGCACCCUAGCGUGCCCGACGAUGCCCCCCGCCUAGCUCCUCCUCACACGGUGGUACGAUGCUGAGCGACUCUGCCAACGACUCCAGCUUGGCUCCCCCGUGCCCUGACUACCGGAGCACCCACCGCCUGCACAUGGUGGCCUACAGCCUGGUGCUGGCCGCCGGGCUCCCCCUCAACGCGCUGGCCCUCUGGGUGUUCCUGCGCGCGCUGCGCGUGCACUCCGUGGUGAGCGUGUACAUGUGCAACCUGGCGGCCAGCGACCUGCUCUUCACCCUCUCGCUGCCCGUGCGCAUCUCCUACUACGCCCGGCACUACUGGUCCUUCCCCGACCUCCUGUGCCAGACGGCGGGCGCCAUCUUCCAGACGAACAUGUACGGCAGCUGCAUCUUCCUGACCCUCAUCAACGUGGACCGCUACGCGGCCAUCGUGCACCCGCUGCGGCUGCGCCACCUGCGGCGGCCCCGCGUGGCGCGGCUGCUGUGCCUGGGCGUGUGGGCGCUCAUCGUGGUGUUCGCCGUGCCCACCGUCCUGGUGCACCGGCCCUCGUCCUGCAGCUACAACGGCAGCCAGGUGCACCUGUGCUUCGAGAGCUUCGGCGACAACCUGUGGAAGGGCAAGCUGCUGCCGCUCGUGCUGCUGGCCGAGGCGCUGGGCUUCCUGCUGCCCCUGGCGGCCAUGCUCUACUCGUCGGGUCGCGUCUUCUGGACCCUGGCGCGGCCCGACGCCACGCGGAGCCAGCGGCGGCGGAAGACCGUGCGCCUCCUGCUGGCCAACCUCGUCAUCUUCCUGCUGUGCUUCGUGCCCUACAACGCCACGCUGGCGGCCUACGGGCUGCUGCGGGGCAACCUGGUGGCGGCCAGCGGCCAGGCCUGCGGCCGGGUGCGCCAGGUGCUCAUGGUGAUGGUGCUGUUGGCCGGCGCCAACUGCGUGCUGGACCCGCUGGUGUACUACUUCAGCGCCGAGGGUUUCCGCAACACCCUGCGCGGCCUGGGCACUCCGCUCCGCGCCAGGACCCUGGCCACCAACGGGGCUCAGGGGGCGCUUGCCGAACGGCCCAUCGAGAGCACCCUCGUCACCAGUCCGGCUACCGCCAGUCAGGAGCUGCUUGGGCCUUCCAACUUCGGGACGCCCUUGACCCAGCGCCCCGAGGACUCGGCCCUCUGAACGCACAUUGUGCGGUCGCGUGCCUGUGUGUUCACCCCCACCUCCCAGCCCCGCCCCGCGCCGCUCACACGCGCGCUCACAGGGUGUGUACGUGAGGGAAGUGAAUUGGGCACUUGGACUUCUGGGUGGCAACUGCUGCCCAUAAAUGCAUGAGAGAACAAAGUGCGGGCAGCCAGGGGCACAGGGAAGGAAGAGUGCUGGUGGAAAUGCCUUCUUUACUUUGGUGGUCAUGGGGAGCAUGGGGCAGAUCCCUUCCCCAGUCCCGAGGGAGUGAUGCAGUAAGCUUCCCCAGUGCAGAGGCAGACAACUGGAUGACGUGCCCUUGGUGUGGGCAUGAAACACUAUGGAGAGCUGGUAGAUGGAGCAGAAAAUGAGUGUCCUGGAUUUAGACCAACCACGGCAGUCUUAGUGCCUCCGGUGCCACCCACUCUCAUUUCCACCUGGCCUUGCCCUGCCCAGCAUGGAGGCAGGAUACAAGAGUUUACUGGAUACAGACAGAAUCGGUUUCAUUCUUGGUUAGUGACUUGUAACAAUUUAGACCUGACACGCAGCAUGGGGUGGUUGGGGGCAGGAUAGAACUGUGAG